AUGUCGACGAUCGCACACUCGCUGCGCGACUAUCGCUCGCCGACUCGGUCGCAGCUUUUCGCGCAAGCAUUCUCUCUUCCCACCGGCGAGUCACCCAUCGCAGAUGCAGAGAUUACCUCGGCCAUUCUGUCGCUCUCAGCGGCCACCAAGGACGGACUGCAGGAAGAUCAAGUCUAUGCUGGCCGCUUGACUCUGACGCAGUCCUUCCUGUGCUUUGCAAGCCAAGGCGACCGCGGCCGCAGUUGUCGCAUGAACCUACCGCUCUGGUGCGUCCGUCGUGUCGAACGUCUCAACACAAAGGGCACCGUGUUUGCGCUCAGCAUCGUCGUCUGGCAUGGCAUGAAGAUCAUUCUGCAGCUCAAUGCGCUACGUCCCACCUGCGAACACUUUUGCGCAGUAUUGCGCGAUCAACUCCGCGCACAGCUCGGCAACAUGAAGCUCCUCAAGCCUUUCCUUUCGGGUUGCUACAGCGAAUUCCUCAUCUCGGACGACCUUUCAGAUCCCAAGGGCAAGCGCGCCGUCACAGAUGCAUCCCUCACGCCAUCAUCUGAGAAAGAGGAUCCCGCCACCGCCGCUCCCGCAGAUGCAGCGACCAAGCCAACAGCCGACGCGUCUGCAGACAAGGAGCCCCCCAAGUACCAAGCUGGGCUGGGAGCAACCUUUGGCUUUCCAGGCGAUGCACGAAAACUUCGCGAGAAGAGCAAGCUCAAACUUUGGCGAGACUACAUGCUGGCUCACGGUCGCAAUCUCACACUGUUACGAUACCCGCAAUUCCUGCGGCUCGUGCAAGUUGGCCUGCCCAAUCGUCUGCGUGGAGAGAUCUGGGAGCUCACCUGCGGAUCGAUCUACAAUCGAUUCGCUCACGCCGGCGAGUAUCAGGCGAUCCUCAAACGAUACGAGGGUGUUACCAGCACCAGCACCGAAGAGAUCGAAAAGGAUCUCAACCGCAGUCUGCCCGAAUAUCCAGCCUACCAGACGCCCGAAGGCAUCGAAACGCUGCGACGAGUACUGGUGGCGUACAGCUGGAAGAAUCCCGAAUUGGGCUACUGCCAGGCUAUGAACAUCGUGGUCGCCGCCAUUCUGAUCUACAUGAGCGAGGAGCAGUGCUUCUGGCUGCUCGACACUCUCUGCGAGAGGCUGCUGCCCGGCUACUACACGCAGUCCAUGUCCGGCACGCUGCUCGACCAAAAGGUGUUUGAGAAUCUGGUGCAGCGUACACUGCCUAUGAUCCACGAGCACUUUGUCAAGACCGACAUCCAGCUGAGUGUAGCCUCGCUGCCGUGGUUCCUGUCGCUCUAUAUCAACUCGAUGCCCAUGAUCUUUGCAUUCCGCAUCGUGGAUUGCUUCAUGGCUAUGGGGCCCAAAGUGCUCUUCCAGGUGGGGCUCGCAAUCCUAAAGAUCAACGGCGAAGAGCUGCUGGAGGUGACGGACGACGGCGCCUUUAUCAACCUCAUCAAAGGCUACUUCCGAUCGUUGGGCGACAGCGCGCAUCCGAACAGCACCAAUCCACGGCACCGACAGAUCACCAACUUUCAGGAGCUGCUGGUGGUGGCGUUCCGAGAGUUUGGCAUCAUCACGGACGAGACGAUUGCAAGCGAACGUCGGCGCUUCCGACAGGAGAUCGUGCAGGAGAUCGAGCUGUUCGCCAAGCGCAGCGCGAUCCGCAAUCUCAAGAACCACGGUCACUUUUCCAAGGAGCAGAUCGGAUUGAUCUAUGAUCAGGUGGUUGAGUCCAUCUACCGCGCAAGACAUGCGCCUGGUGCGGUCGCCGACGCCAAAGCGAAUCCCAACGCCGGCAUCGUGGCCAACGAUCCCAAGGAGGUGAUGGAGAAAGCGCUUGCGCGAGAGAUGAACAAGGAGAGCGGCGAAGAGGCGCUCAACGACUACAAAGAGAUGCGCAUCGACCUCAAGACGUUCCGACUCUUCCUCGGAGAAGUGGCGACGUGGGCGCGAGACGAGUACGUAGUCUCGAACGGCUUCCAGGAGCGCGUGGAGAGGCGUGUGCCGGAGCACGAAACGGUGGCGCGGCUGUUCCGAUUCUGGGACAAGGACAAGCGCGGUACGCUCUCUUUGCAGGACAUCGUGAGCGGAUUGGACGCCAUCAUGUUCAACCAGGAAGACGUCAUGGCCAACAUCCAGUGGUUCUUCGAGCUUCACUCGGACGGGCGACCGUCGUUGACCAAGGACGAAGUGCUGCGUCUGAGCGAGUCGCUGCUGUUCUUCUUCCGCAACGAGCCUAACGACGGCUACUUGGGUGCCGUCUCGCAGCUGAUCGCGCAGGCGUUCGAGCACGGCGGAGAAGGGAGCUAUGAGAAGAAAGCGUCGUCGGCGUCCGAGGCCACGGCGGCUUUGGAAGCUAGCGGCUGA